AUGUCUUCCCAAGGUUCCGUUCGCAAACGAAAAGGCGGUUCGGUUCCACCCCAAGGAAAAGAUGCCUCGAUUGCUGUGACAGCUCCUCAUCCUCAUCCUGAGCUCGAUGCCCUAGUGAACGAUUUACAAACCAAAACUGGACCAGAAUGGGAUUAUAGGAUCGCAUUGGUGAUCAUAACAAUUCUGGCAUUCGUUACAAGAUUCUGGGGAAUCAGCCAUCCCGACGAGGUGGUGUUCGACGAAGUACAUUUUGGCAAGUUUGCUUCAUAUUAUCUCGAGCGAACUUACUUUUUCGAUGUCCAUCCUCCGUUCGGAAAGCUUCUUUUUGCCUUGAUGGGUUGGUUUGUUGGAUAUGAUGGGCAUUUCCACUUCGAAAACAUUGGGGACUCAUACAUCGAUAACAAGGUGCCAUAUGUGGCUUUCCGCGCUAUGCCCGCUCUUCUUGGAGCUUUGACAGUUCCAACUGUCUUCUCUAUCAUGUGGGAAUCUGGCUAUACUCUACCUGCCUGCGUCCUCUCCGCUUCAUUGGUACUAUUUGACAAUGCGCACAUUGGCCAAACGCGUUUGAUCUUGUUGGAUGCCACUCUUGUUCUUGCGAUGGCGUGCAGUCUCCUCUGCUAUAUCAAGUUCUACAAACUCCGCCACAUUCCAUUCUCGAGAAAGUGGUGGAAGUGGCUCCUUUUGACCGGAUUUGCCUUGAGUUGCGACAUCUCCACCAAGUACGUUGGUACAUUUGCGUUUGUUACAAUUGGGUCCGCAGUCGCAAUUGAUCUCUGGAGUUUGCUAGAUAUAAAUCGUCGCCAGGGUGCUUUGAGCUUACCAGAAUUUGGCAAGCAUUUCGCAGCUCGCGCCGUUGCCCUUAUUAUAGUACCUUUCCUCUUCUACUUGUUUUGGUUCCAGGUACAUUUUGCAAUUUUGACAAAAUCCGGUCCGGGCGAUGAUUUCAUGUCCCCUGAAUUCCAAGAGACGCUUAGCGACAAUGCCAUGUCUGCAAACGCUGUUACCAUCAAUUACUUUGAUAACAUCCAAAUCAAACACAAGGAAACACAUGGAUUCUUACACAGUCAUCCCGAUGUAUAUCCCCUUAGAUAUGAUGAUGGACGAGUCUCUAGUCAAGGUCAACAAGUUACCGGUUACCCAUACGCCGAUGCUAACAACCAUUGGCAAAUCGUUCCUGCAGGCACCUUUGAAGAAGUUGCUGGCCGCCCUGUCAAGAACAAUGAAGUGAUUAGAUUAAGGCAUGUGGUCACGAACACAAUGCUCCUAUCGCAUGAUGUUGCUUCUCCGUACUACCCCACGAACCAAGAAUUCACCACCGUCUCCAUCGAGGAUGCAUUAGGCGACCGUCUAAAUGAUACCCUAUUUGAACUCCGAAUCGAAAAUGGGAAACCACGUCAAGACUUUAAAAGUCUCCAAGGGCAAUUCAAGCUCAUCCAUUUUCCAAGCAAGGUUGCCAUGUGGACACAUACAACUCCUCUACCGGACUGGGCCUACAAGCAACAAGAGAUCAAUGGAAACAAGAACCUGGCUCAAAGCUCGAACAUUUGGUAUGUAGAUGAAAUACCAUCUAUUCCUAAGGACUCUCCACGUUUGGUCAAGGAAGAACGCAAGGUCAAGAGCGUCCCAUUCUUGAAAAAAUGGUUCGAGUUACAACGAGCUAUGUUCUAUCACAACAAUGCUUUAACUAGCAGCCAUCCAUAUGCUAGUGAACCUUUUGUUUGGCCAUUUCUGUUGAGAGGUGUGAGUUUCUGGACCCACAAUGAUACCAGACAACAAAUCUACUUUUUAGGAAACCCACUUGGUUGGUGGUUGGCAAGCAGUUUACUUGCAGUCUAUGCUGGAAUAUGGGCAGCUGAUCAAUUGUCAUUACGCCGUGGCGUUGAUGCAUUGGAUACACGUACCCGAUCCCGUCUCUACCAUUCUACCGGGUUCUUUUUCCUUGCCUGGGCAACACAUUAUCUACCAUUUUACCUCAUGGGUCGUCAAUUGUUCUUGCAUCAUUAUUUACCUGCUCAUUUGGCAUCGUGUCUGAUCACCGGAGCAUUGCUUGAAUUUAUUUUCAAUGUUGAGCCCGUCAUGGAUGAUGUUCCAUCAGGAAUCGCCAAGAAGGCAGGUGUAGUCAAGAAGCAUCUCCCAGCACGCGAAAAGCUCCCUGGACAGAACUUAAUGAUGUCAUGGGCUGCAGUUGGAGUGAUCCUCCCCGUUAUACUUUUUGGAUGGUACUACUUCCUACCAUUGACAUACGGCUACCCAGGCCUUACUGUCCCCGAAGUCAACGCAAGAAAGUGGCUAGGAUACGAUCUUCAUUUCGCAAAAUAA